CGAAGACACCUCGCUCUGCUUCAGGAUGAAUUCUGAUUAAUUCUGAUUUAUUUAUUGAUCUUUGCCUCAGAGCUGAAACAUGAUUUAUUUUGUCCUCUGUGACUCACCGUAGUUAAACUACAGACCUGCUUCAUGAUCAUCUUUAAUAUGAGCGUUGUCACUGUUUUGGAGAAAUGUCUGUUCUGUGACAUCAUCUGUUCAGAUACUUUAUUACAGUAUUUUUACUCUGAGUAGUAACGUCCUGUGUAGAUUCAGGGUCAUGUUGUGUCCUGAUACUUUUUUAUAACUAAAGCUAAAUAAAUGAAAAGAAACCACACAUGAAUAAAUAAACGUUGUUAUUAUAACAUUAAUUAUGUUUUAAUCACUUAAAUAUCAAAUUCGUCUCAUCACGUCUGUACUCACACCUGUGAAUAAAACCGUUAUUGAUUAUCGAUUACAUAUCAGUAGGUAACACAGUCGGAUCACGUGACCAGCCCCUUUGACCCUUCCUCUCGCGAGACGUGACGCGGCUUUUCGCGAGAUCACCUCUGCAGCAACAAAUCGGCUCCGGUCCUGAAACAAUCUGCACAUUUCUGCGAGUGGGUCAUGGAGGUGUCGUCUCACAGCCUCUUCCUGCUGCAGCAGCUCAACGUUCAGAGAGAGUUCGGCUUCCUGUGCGACUGCACCGUCGCCAUUGGAAACGUCUAUUUCAAAGCUCACCGAGCCGUGCUGGCCGCCUUCUCCAACUACUUCAAGAUGAUCUUCAUCCACCAGUCCAGUGAGUGUAUAAAGAUCCAGCCGACCGACAUCCAGCCGGACGUCUUCAGCUACCUGCUGCACAUCAUGUACACCGGCAUGUGUCCCAAACAGCCCGUGGACCAGAGCCGGCUGCAGGACGGCAUCAAGUUCCUCCACGCCUACCAGCUGUGCCGGAAACCCGACGAGGGUGCUGCUGACGUCGCCACCGACAUCGUCCGCAUGUCUAACUUGUAUGGCAUCCAGAUUUCCUCUCAGCUGGCCAACAAGGAGGCGCCCGGAGUCCCCAAGACCACCACGGUGUCCCGCGGGGCGCCCGAGGAUGGACGCUCCUCUGGUCGGGGGGGACGGUCCCACUCCCAGCUGUCCCUCGCCGUCGGACUGGAGGGGGUCCCGUCGGACCGCCAGGCCUCAGCGCUACGCAAUGUCUGCUCUGUGGCAUCCGGAGACGACUCGGAUAUCUCAACUCGGAUCAAGCAGGAGCGGGUGGAGGAAGAGGAGGGGGACGACGGCGAGGGGGAGGAGGGUCCGGGGGUGGGGUCUCUGCCCGGCCCAGGCAGCAGCCCCAGUCAGAGUCUCCUGUUCAAAGACCGGCCCCUAGUCCUGCUGUGCCCCCGCUGUGGAGAACGCUGCUCGUCCCCUGAGGGCCUGCGGGAGCACCUGUUCAGCCACGCCCUCGACCCCGCCCGCCUGAUGGAGGGGCUGUCACACGGCAGGGAGCUGGACGCUGGCGUGGAGGAGGGCCCGCCGGGGGGCCAGGAGCAGCUGGACGCAGGAUGUCUGGAGGAGGCUCUGAGGCAGAGCCAGGCGCUGGCAACCCAGCUGGCUGCCGAGCUGAGGCGGAGUCGGGGAGUUGGAGGUGGAGGGGGAGGAGCGAGCAGCCCCACCCCCGCUGCCCUGCACUCCCGUAAACGAAAGAUCGCCUGCGCUGUCUGCAGCCUGCGCUUCUCCCACAAGAGCCAGCUGCAGGAGCACAUGUACACCCACACCGGCAAACCGUCCCGCUACCACCGCUACAACCGCCUCUGCAGCCAGCUCUUCCAGGCCUCCGCCCACUUCUGUGAGGGCGCUGCAGAGCCAGGAGGAGGGGGCGGGGCCUCGGGCGGAGCUGCCACCACUGCGCUCUCUGAGGAGGUCAACCGGGACACUCAGGACAACGGCAGCUCCUGCUACUCCCUGGACUCUGAGAUCUCCCAAGAGAGUGUGGAUGGUGUGCCGGUAGAGUGAUGUCAUCGAGUGAUGUCACAGAGAGAUGUUUCACCACGAGGUGACUGAGUGCACAGGUGAUGAACCUGGAUCUCUCUGGACUCUGUGUCAUGGUUCUGUCUCUGCUGCUGUCUGCUGGUUCUGUACCUGUGCAGGUGUGUGUGUGUGUGUGUGUGUGUGAACUUCAGUCACGUGACCAUAGUGAGUCGCUGUCAUCAGCUGAUCAGAUGAUUUAACAGUUUUAGCUCAUAAACUUCAGUAGGGCUGCAGCGAUUAGUUGAUUAGUUGAUCGACAGAUAAUUAAUCAGUUUGUGGACGACAGGUUUUAUUGAUUAGUGGAGAACGAUGAGCAGAUGAAUAGUUGCAGCCCUGAUCAUUUAAUUUCAUCAGUCUCUGUUUGUUCCUGUAAACAUUAACGAGCAGAGACUUUAAACCUGAUCCUACACGCUCAGCAGCCGACAGUCGACCCUCUGUGACCAAACUGAUCCACUCCUGAGGCCACAGAGAGGAAGAGGAUGUGUUAAAAUGUGGGACUAUUCCUUUAAUGUAAAGCUAACAUCAGUGUGAUGUAGAUGUUAAUCUGUAGAGAAUCAGAGGAAACAUGAAGGGUCAGAUGGUCUGAUGAUCUGAUGAUC